AUGGAUAAGGGAUGGAAGCCAACAGUCGCCAUAACAGUGGGAUAUAUGACCGACCCACGUCCAUACGCACUUGCCGUAGCCAUGGCGGGCGGGGUUCCUCUCGUGGUAUUUCCUGGCCAGAAAGACAUCACCCUGGGCUCCGAAGUCGACAGUGUCGUUCUGGCCGGAGGGGCAUCGGUCCAUCCCGGGCGCUACGGGCAAGAAUUCGACCCCAGUAUCAAACGCAGCGUGGACGAGGCUCGGGACCGGCUGGAAUUUUCCGUCCUCGAGAUAGCACGGAGGCGCAACCUGCCUGUGUUGGGCAUAUGCCGGGGGUUGCAAGUCAUCAACGUGUUCUUCGGCGGGACGCUCCAUCAAAACCUGGCCGGGGCGAAGAUGUGCAUCGCCGGGGCCCAUCGACCAGACGAGGCUCGUAAUCAUCUCGCCCACACGGUCACCCCGACCGAGGGAAGGCUGAAAGCCGUUCUGGGUGCGCACCCGAUUCGUGUCAACAGCAUCCAUCGCCAAGGUGUGGCCAUUUUGGGCGACGGACUCCACAUCACGGCCAGGGCAGACGAUGGAGUGGUGGAAGGAGUCGAAACUGGAGAUGGCCAGAUCGUGGCCGUCCAAUGGCAUCCGGAAGAACUUGUUGGGACCCAUCCACACGCAGAUGCGAUAUUCACUGAUCUGAUCGGUCGCGUCAUGAGCAGUAAGCAGGCUUUCUGA